GAAAAGCUCUAACCUUUGAUCUGACUUGACAGACCCAAAAAUCCCUUGUGUAGUUUUAUUUAUAUAUAUUAUAUAAAAAUACAAUUUUUAUUAAAUAAAUUUUCAUUUUAAUUCUAAUUUUCUUGUAUUUUGCUUAUCUAUAUAUAUUUGAUUGACACUUAACAAAUCUUAAAAGCCCGACAAAGAGAGACGUUGGAUUAGAGAGAGGAGGCAUGUGGGCUUCCUAUGCUCCAUUCUUGUGUGUGUAUAAGAAGUAGAAGAAAGAACUAUCUAUUUCUCCCAUUCAGAUUGCUUAAUUCUCAAAUUUAGGAUCAGCCCAGAUUGUCUUUUUUAGAAUCCCACCUAGUAUUCCUCUUACCCUUUUGUUGAUUCUUUCCAUUUAUACACUUUUUAUCUAUUAAAAAUUAAAUAUCAUCAUCUGGGAAUGGAGGGAGCCAAAGCUAGUAGCAAGUUUACUAGGAUUUGUGUCUUUUGUGGAAGCAACUCUGGUCACAGGAAAGUCUUCAGUGAUGCUGCUCUUGAAUUGGGAAACGAAAUGGUGGAGAGGAAGAUAAAUUUGGUGUAUGGUGGAGGAAGUGUUGGGUUGAUGGGUUUGAUAUCCAGGACAGUGUAUGCUGGAGAUUGUCAUGUUCUUGGGGUCAUUCCUAAAGCUCUCAUGCCUCAUGAGAUAUCUGGUGAAACUGUUGGAGAAGUAAGAACUGUUUCGGACAUGCAUGAGCGAAAAGCUGCAAUGGCUCGAGAAGCUGAUGCGUUUAUUGCUCUACCUGGAGGAUAUGGAACAAUGGAGGAGCUGUUGGAGAUGAUAACAUGGGCCCAGCUUGGGAUUCACAAGAAACCGGUUGGUUUGCUAAAUGUAGAUGGGUAUUACAAUUCUUUGCUAGCACUAUUUGACAAUGGUGUUGAAGAGGGAUUCAUCAAGCCAGGUGCUCGGGAAAUCGUUGUCUCUGCUCCAACAGCCAAAGAACUCAUGAUAAAGAUGGAGCAAUACGCUCCUUCCCAUGAACACAUUGCAUCUCACGAAAGCUGGCAGAUGGAACAACUUGGUGAGUAUCCAAGCCAAGACAAUUCAAGGUGAUCGAAACUGUUAUUUCCGGUAGAUCAUUCUCCUAUGUUUCUGAUGUGAUUCAUCAGCUCUUGAAAUGUGUAAAAGAAUCCAUUUUUAUGGGACCAGAAACUGUUCAUUGCCAUGAUCUUGUUUGUUCUUGUUCUACAAUUUGAGUCCUAGUAAUAAAAUUAUCUCUGCUCUUUGACCACAUAUAA